CUGAGAAAGUCCCCCCAGAAACCAAUCAAAUGCACAACGCUGUGUUUGCGACGGUGUAGGCGAUAAGAUGAACGCUUGGCGCUUUAAGUUCAGGGCGAGCGAGGUGGCGGUGAUGUACUUUACCAUGCUCGGGACGCUGGUCCUCAUCCUGGUGGCGUCCUAUCAGGCAGCCGGCUCGGGGGGCGACCCCUUCCCUUAUCAGGUGCCCUUGGACCCCCAGGGUAACCUGCAACUCUCCUGGAACAUCAGCUACCCUCUGCAGGAGCUGUGCUUCAGGCUCCUGGUCAAAGACCUCCGCUACGGAGUCCUCUUCGGAAUGUCGGACCGGGGAGAGUUUCUGAAUGCCGACCUGGCUGUGCUGUGGAGCGACGGGUUCAAGUCCUACUUCGGGGAUGCCUGGAGCGAUGCUCAGGGAAACAUCAGAUUGGACGAGAAGCAGAACUAUGAGCUGCUGGAAACCCACAGGGCUCCAGAAGGAUUCUACCUGCUUUUCAAGAGGCCUUUUAGCACCUGUGACCCCAAAGACUAUCUCAUUGAGGAGGGCACGGUGCACCUCCUGUACGGUGUGCUGGACCGACCGGUCACCUCGCUGCAGAUGCUCAACCACUCUCUGGCUAGCUGUGGAGUCCAGCGCGUGCAGCUCCUCAGGCCCGACAUCCCAGCUCCCAGGCUGCCUCCCGAUGUCCGCACCCUGGAGGUCCUUGCGCCGAGCGUGAGCAUUCCCAGCCAGGAGACCACGUACUGGUGCCACAUCUACGAGCUGCCAGCACACAUGCCGAAAAACCACAUUGUCAUGUACGAAUCCGUGAUCACCCCCGGGAACGAAGCCAUCGUUCACCAUAUCGAGGUGUUCGAGUGCGCCCCGCAGUUCGACUCCGUCCCCCAGUACAGCGGCCCCUGCGACUCCAAGAUGAAACCCCGGAGCAUCAACUACUGCCGCCACGUCCUGGCCGCCUGGGCCAUGGGCGCGCAGGCGUUUUACUACCCUGACGACGCCGGCCUGGCUCUGGGCGGGACAGGAUCCUCACGGUUUCUCCGGCUGGAGGUUCACUACCACAAUCCACUGCUGCUCACAGGUAAAAUGCCUAGUUCUAGAAGUAGGCGGUUUUCAAACCGAUUAAUAAGAGAGAAUCUGGAUAUGAAAGUACUCGCAGCAGCUGGGAGCGGUCCCUGGGCUCUGCUCUGCUCCCUCCACGUUUCGAAAUCCGCGCGAUUACCGGCGGUCACGGUUUCCCCUCGAACUUCGCAGGCCCUCUCCCCAGAAGGGAUCAAGGUCUUCGCCUCCCAGCUGCACACACACCUGACGGGGCGCAGCGUGCGGACGGCGCUGGUGCGACAGGGGAGGGAGGUGGAGAUCCUGCAGGAGGACAACCAUUUCAGCACCCAUUACCAGAUCAUCCGGACGCUAAAAAAGAUGGUGAAAGUGUUGCCUGGCGAUGUCCUUUUGACUAAAUGCGUUUACAACACAGCGGACAGGGACAGGGCUACAGUGGGAGGCUUCGGGAUCGAGGAGGAGAUGUGUGUGAAUUACAUUCACUAUUAUCCGCGUACGGACCUGGAGCUCUGCAAGAGCCACGUGGAUGAGGAUUACCUGCAGAAGUAUUUUAGCUUUAUUAACAGAUUCCAGGGCAAGGAGACAUGCAACUGUAACCAGGCCACAGUGACUGAUCAGUUUGCCACCCUGCGCUGGGACCAGUUCAGCAAAGACGUCCUGAAGUCCUUGUACAACACAGCGCCCAUCUCCAUGCACUGCAACCAGUCAUCUGCUGUCAUGUUCCCGGGAGAAUGGGAGAGACAGGAACUACCCCAGGUCACGGCCGAACUCCCCAAACCCCACUACCGCUGCGAGACGAGCAGCCAGCCCCCGGCCCAGCCCAGCGAGGCCAUCGAGGUCCAGAUGCGCAGCCAGCCCUGACCCCUGGUGGAGACCUGGUGCUGCUGGAAGAGGGCGAAAGACUCGAGAUUAAACUGCAGCUAGGUGGGGGGAGUGGGGUUGGUGGGGGGUUUGGUUGGGAUAAAUCCUUUCCUACAGGGGCCAUCUGAGAGACGUCGGGAACGUAUUCCAACACCCUCUUCGUGAAAAUGCCGAAACUGACUUAAUCACGCAGUUGAAGGUUCUGAGGAAACACUACAACCAGUAGGUGUUAAUUCAGCUGUAGAAAAAAACAUGGUCCUGCAGUACUGAGCUCCUGCAGGUCUGUGGUGCACCUUUGAAUCAGCAUCUAAUUAAGGGGCUAAGAUGGUAACCAUAGAUGAUUGGACUUCUUAUCCACUUAAUUGGUGCGGUUAAGUCAUUAAGAUCUGCCAUGAUGAAAACCAGAGCCAAAUGUGAUAUUCCAGGAACAGGGUUGCCUAGUUGUCUUAUCUACUUUAUAAGCCUUGUUGCUUCUUUAUAGGAACAUCAGUAUGAAGCCUGGAUUCCACUGCCUGUCAGAUAGGAUUCAUCACUCCUUACAGCAGUACGCAGCACCAGGUCACACACCCUGGGUCAGAGCAGAGAGGCUCAACACACAC